AUGCGAGAAGCGUGCAUGUGCAAAGGCUUUGGCUCGACGUUGACCGGUCCUGCACUACAGUGGUUCAUUAAUCUCGAUAACGGGAUUAUUUCUUCUUUUGCUCAAUUAGUUAAUACUUUUAAUAUGCAAUUUGCUAGCAGCCGCAAAAUGGAAAAGCAAGCUAGCGAUUUGCACAGAAUUGUGCAAAAAUCUGACGAGUCUCUCAAAGAGUUUGUGAACAGGUUUAACAGGGAAAAGGUGUCCAUUCCAAAUUGCGACGCCCGGAUGACCAUUGAAGCUUUCAGGCGUGGCUUAGAUGAGGAGUCCGACCUCUACAAGGAGCUGACCAAAUAUCCAUGCCCGACGUUCGAGGAUGCUCAAGCUAAGGCCCUGGCGCAAAUCAGGCUAGAGGAGGACAUGCAAUCCAGAAAGGCUUAUGCCAAUGCUGACAACCGGAAAGCAACGUCCAACAAGCAAGCGUCAUGGCGUCAAAAGCCUUACGAGCGCCCCCAGCAGGUCCAUAGCGUCCGUCAGGUCGGGUCGGCCAGCGACUGGAAAGAUGAUCCUGGCCUCCCCCAAGCAAGCGAAUAUGGCUUCAACGUCACAUGGGAGCUAAACGGCAUGCACGAGAUGGCCCAAAUCAAGACGCCAUCCCAAAGAGCUCCGUCACCCCGUGACGCCGAGUUGGAGGCUAUGCCAAUCACUUUCGACGACGCCGAUCUUGGCGACGACAGGGACAUACAUCACGACGGUCUGGUAAUAUCUCUAACUGUCAGUAAUUGCUUGCUUAAACGUGUGUUAGUGGACAAUGGCAGUUCAGCAAACAUCCUGAUGAGAGGCGCUCUUGAAGACAUGGGAUAG